UCCUUUUUUUUUUAGUGCCUGUCCAAUUCCCCAUGUGAUGCUUGAUUGAGGUGCUGAAUGCAACUUCCUAUACCUUUAUUAAGCUUGAGCUAGCAUAUACCUAAGGGGCCUUAUUGGUGGUCAUUCUGUGGACAAUUUGGCUUCACCACUUGUGCGAGUGCCAAUCAUCUAAUCAAACAAAUCGGAAGAUCAAUCCAACGAAUUACUUUCCCUUGGAUGAUGGCUAUAUAAGAGGACUUACGGUGCACUAAGCCUCAUCGUCAGCUUAGCUUCACUAUCUUCCAGGAAGCAAGUCCUUAUUAGUCUUCAGUUCUUCACACGCCCAAAUUAAAGGAUAUGCCAACCAUGCCCGCCGCAGUUUCAGCCGCCACCGGCGUGUCACCUCCGGCGGCGGCCAACGUCGUCGUCGUCGAGGACAUCUAUGGCUUCCUGCGCGUCCUCAGUGAUGGCACCAUCCUCCGGUCACCGGAGCAACCCGUGUUCUGCCCGGCCACCUUCCCCAGCAGCCACCCGUCGGUGCAAUGGAAGGAGGAAGUCUACGACAAGGCCAACAACCUCCGCGUCCGCAUGUACAAGCCGUUGUCCACGGCCGCCGGCGGCGGCGGCGAGGCCGGGAAGAAGCUGCCGGUGCUCGUCCACUUCCACGGCGGCGGCUUCUGCCUUGGUUCGUGCACGUGGGCGAAUGUGCACGCGUACUGCCUCCGCCUUGCCGCGGAGGCCGGCGCCGUCGUGCUCUCCGCGGGGUACCGCCUCGCGCCCGAGCACCGCCUCCCCACGGCGGUCGACGACGGCGUGGGUUUCCUGCGGUGGCUGCGUGCGCAGUCCACCAUGGACGCCGCCGCCGCGGCCGACGGCUGGCUCACCGAGGCCGCCGACUUCGGCCGCGUGUUCGUCACCGGCGACUCGGCGGGCGGCAACAUAGCGCACCACCUCGCCGUGCGCGCCGGCCUGUCGGACACCAAGCGCGGCGAGGUCGACCUCGACCUCGACCUCCGCCCGGUGACGGUCCGCGGCUACGUCCUCCUGAUGCCGUUCUUCGGCGGCGUCCGGCGGACGCCGUCGGAGGCCGAGUGCCCCGCGGAGGUGCUGCUGAACCUGGACCUGUUCGACCGGUUCUGGCGGCUGUCGCUGCCGGCCGGCGGCACCAGGGACCACCCGGCGGCGAACCCGUUCGGGCCGGACAGCCCCGAGCUGGGCUCGGUGGACUUCCGGGCGCCGGUCCUGGUGGUGGUCGGUGGCCUCGACAUGAUGCGCGACCGCGCCGUCGACUACGCCGAGCGGCUGGCGGCGAUGGGCAAGCCCGUGGAGCUCGUCGAGUUCGCGGGCAAGCCCCACGGGUUCUACCUGCACGAGCCGGGGUCCGAGGCCACCGGCGAGCUGAUCGGCCUCGUCAGCCGAUUCCUGCACAGUUGCGCUUGCGAUCGAGGCGCGGUUGCUUGAUUAUUAGCGAGAAAUAAAGUCAAAUGCAUGGGACGCAGAGCAAACUGUAAGAUCGCAUCAAGGUUCGUGCAUGUGCAUUGGCGUGAGCUGCGCGCCCUGUGUUCCUCGCGCCAAACGUGCGCUCUAAUGCUGCAGUGCAUGUACUGUGUAGUUGUGUAGUACUAGGAUUGGUACCACGUGUCAGCAGUUUGGUCAAUUGUGUCCACGUGUCAGUCAUGUUUUGAUGUUUAGUGAUGGUCUCAUACACUCGUGCAUGCAUGCGGAUAUAUGGUUCUAUCCAUAUCUAUGAGACUCGUAUGGAUUUUACAGGAUUUUAUUUACUGUAUCAUCAAUCAAGACACUAUUUUAAUAAGAUGUGAUCGGAGGAUGACGGCCUCACCCGUUUUUCACUAA